AUGAUACCCGAUUCAUUAUUGACAAGAGGAUUGAUUUAUACUUUGGCUGUUGUGCAGACAGCAGUGGCCCCCUUUGCAUUUUUCUAUUAUGUUUAUUAUAUUACGACAGAAAACAAAUUGUUUACUGUGCACUCAUCUGUCGACACAUUUGUCCAUUACUGGCUGGGCUGUGAAUUGAUGUUUUAUGUGUUUUUCGAAAUUACUAGAAAUAGAAUGCAACGAAUUUUGCCCAGUGUAGCACCUAGUGCAAAAGAAAGAAGUGAUCUUUUUGCCUUGUGUUUAGCAAAUAUUGAAGAUCCCAAAACAUGGUUACCAGACUGGUUUAUGAUUCAUGGCAAUGCAUCCCAACACCCUCAAUUUGAAGAUAUUGGCAGAGAUAAUAUAGCUGAAUGGCUAUCAUGGGCAUUUUUUGCACUUCCUUUAGAAGAUGUUCUUCAAGACGAUAGCCUGACAAACGAAUUGAAUUCGAUGAUAGACCGUCUUGAACAAGAAUUCCAUGUUAAAUUUGAUCAUGGCUAUCAUGAAGAUUUAGUUGCUUACCGUAUCAAUUUGGAUCCUGUGCAAGCCUACCACCGUCCACUUGGGUUCUAUAGCCUCAUCUUGCUCUGCACCACCUUAUUUCAUUGCGUCUGUCAACAUGUCUGGGGAUUCAAAAAAUUCGGGCCGGAGACACGAUCAACUAUCUGGAGUCUAAUGGAACCACAACAAUCGUAUGAUUCUGUCGUAACAACACCCCAACACCCUGAACGUGUCUCUUAUUGGUUCCGUGAUGGUAAUCGUACCAAGAAGCCAGUUGUCUUUAUUCAUGGUAUUGGGGCUGGUUUAAUGUGCUAUAUACCAUUUAUAGCCAAGCUGUUGACAUUGGAUGCCCCUAUUUUUUUUAUUGAACUCCCUUAUGUCUCUAUGCAUUGCAUCGAGGAUGUACCUACCAUGCAGGAGACAGUACAAGACCUUCAGAAUAUGCUGCACCGUCAUGAAUUUCAAGGAGCUGUCUUUGUAGCGCAUUCUUUAGGUACAGCUGUCACUUCUUGGGUUGUCAAGUACAUGCACAAAAAAGUAGCAGGUGUCGUCUUGUUGGACCCUAUCUGCUUCAUGCUUCAUUACAAAGAUGUUUGCACUAAUUUCGUCUAUCGCACACCCAAGACAGCUGCACAAAGUUUAGUGAAAUAUUUUGCUUCUACUGAAUUGUACAUUUCUUACUACAUCUCUCGACACUUUCAUUGGUUCCAAACAGCUCUCUUUGUGAAACCCAAUGUAGCUCACUAUCAACAUUCUUAUACCACUUCUGUCAAGAUGCCAGAGAACACCAAGAUAUUCUUAUCUGAAAAAGACAAUAUUAUAGAUUCUAUGCGUGUCGACACCUAUCUCAAUCGUCAUGGCAUUGAGUCUACUAUCAUGAAAGGACUUGACCAUGCUUCCUUUUUAUUCUAUCCUUCCUGGCAAAAUCAAAUUUUGGAUACAAUUCAACGUUUCCUAUAG